AUGCCUGAUUCCCCCAUUCAGCCCCCUUUGAACUUACGUCGCGCCCGCACCGAGAGUCAGCGACGGAACUCCACCCUUUCGGACUCGCUCUCAGAGGCCCGCAACUCCAUACGCUCAUCGACCGACGACUUGUUUCUACCUCGUGUAGCAAAAGGCCAUGACGCAAUUCCAGCUGAAGAAUCGAAUUGGCAUUCUGCACCCCUCGGGCUGGCCCUGCUACCCGCAAUUGCGGGCAUUUUCUUCCAUGAAGGUAGUUCCUUCGUCACCGACGUCACAUUACUAGUCUUGGCCGCUAUAUUCCUCAAUUGGUCUGUCCGGUUGCCUUGGGACUGGUACCGCUCAGCCCAGGCCAUCCGACGAGAAGAAAGCGGAUUCCCAGCGCGCGACGAUCCCCAAUUCGAGCUCGACGACGACCACGAACCCCACCACGAACCCCACCACAACGAAGCAGCAACAGCCAUCUCCGAGCUCCAAAUCCACGAACUAGCCGCUCUAGCCGCAUGCUUCAUAUUCCCCAUAGUCGGCACCUGUCUCCUGCACGGCAUCCGCUCCAGCCUCUCCCGACCCUCCGAAGGCCUAGUAUCAAACUACAACCUAACGAUCUUCCUCCUAGCAUCCGAAGUCCGGCCAGUCGCCCAUCUCCUAAGACUGAUCCAAAAACGAACCCUACACCUCCAACGCAUCGUAUCAUCCUCAACAGACCCAAUCGUCACCCCGACAACCUUGCAAGACCUAACAAAGCGCCUCGAAGAGCUCGAAGCCCACGUCGCAGAGACAGCAACCGCCCGUCUUGCAACCCAACCAACAGAUAAAGACACCUACUCCCUCUCUCCAAAAGAACUAGAACGAAAACAACCCGAGACAUCCCCAUCCCUCGUCGCCAGCGCAGCCCUCGAAACCCGUAAAGCUAUCCAGCCCGAUAUCGAAGCCCUUAAUCGCGCCGUCCGGCGCUACGAGAAACGAUCCGCCCUCUUCUCCCUGCAGACUGAUCAGCGCUUCGUGCGUCUGGAGACGCAGGCCGGCGACGCCAUUGCUCUGGCUGCUGCUGCGAAGCGGUCGGCGGAAUCCCGGCGCCCGAACUAUGCGCUCGUCCUGCUGGACUGGGCUUGCGCGUGCGUCGUUGUUCCUACUCAGAUUGCGCUGUCGCUUGGUAGUUUGCCUGGACGUGCGGUUGCGGGGUGUUGGGAUGCUGCGAUGCGUAUGCUUCCGGGGCGGAAGGUUGUGCCGCAGCAGAGAUCGAAAUCCAAGUCUGGGCCGAAGGGGAAGGCUGGGGCUGGGCCUGGACCCGAGAGGGCGGGCUCUUCGGGUGUGUAUCGGCAGGGUGGCGGGUUGGCACCGCAGCGGCGGUCUGGGGUGAGGAAUGGGGAUGGGGUGUGA